CACUGAUCUCUCUAUAUAAGAAGGGAGGCUGGACGAACCCAAGGACCGACAGACGCCAAGUCAAGAAUCAUCCUUAGUCCAUCAAUACCUGUUCACCUGAGAGGAGGGCAGAAGUGAGCGGUCACGAUGAGUACGGACGGUGAAAUGCAGUGUUUUGGGCCGGCAGCCCUUUACCUCCGGAAACCUGAAAGGGAGAGAAUAGAAGCUCAGAACACUCCCUUUGAUGCCAAAACUGCGUACUUUGUGACCGAGCCGGCAGAGAUGUACCUCAAGGGGAAACUCACAAAGAAAGAGGGCGGCAAAGCCACCGUGGAGACUCUCUGUGGAAAGACGAUCACUGUGAAAGACACUGAAAUCUUUCCCAUGAACCCGCCAAAGUACGACAAGAUUGAGGACAUGGCCAUGAUGACCCACCUCAGCGAGCCUUCUGUGCUGUACAACCUCAAAGAGCGCUACGCAGCAUGGAUGAUCUACACCUACUCGGGGCUGUUCUGCGUGACUGUGAACCCGUACAAGUGGCUCCCGGUGUACGAUGCAGUGGUUGUGGCCGGGUACAGAGGCAAAAAGAGGAUUGAGGCUCCUCCCCACAUCUUCUCCAUCUCUGAUAACGCCUAUCAGUUCAUGCUCACUGACCGUGAUAAUCAGUCAAUCCUCAUCACCGGGGAAUCUGGUGCAGGAAAGACUGUCAACACCAAAAGAGUCAUCCAGUACUUUGCGACAAUCGCAGUGGCUGGAGGGAAGAAGGUUGAGACCUCUGGAAAAAUCCAGGGGUCGCUGGAGGAUCAAAUCAUUGCAGCCAAUCCCCUGCUGGAGGCUUAUGGUAACGCCAAGACUGUGAGGAAUGACAACUCAUCCCGCUUUGGUAAAUUCAUCAGAAUCCACUUUGGAACAACUGGGAAGCUGGCCUCAGCAGACAUUGAAACAUAUCUGCUGGAGAAGUCUCGCGUGACGUUCCAGCUGUCUGCUGAGAGGAGCUACCACAUCUUCUACCAGCUGAUGACAGGCCACAAGCCCGAGCUGAUCGAGGGUCUUCUAAUCACCACCAAUCCAUACGACUAUCCCAUGAUCAGUCAAGGGGAAAUCACUGUCAAGAGUAUUGACGAUGUGGAAGAGUUCAUCGCCACUGAUACUGCCAUUGACAUCCUGGGCUUCACUGGAGAUGAGAAGGGGAGCAUCUACAAGCUGACCGGUGCGGUGAUGCAUCACGGAGCCAUGAGGUUCAAGCAGAAGCAGCGUGAAGAGCAGGCUGAGCCCGAUGGCACUGAGGUCGCUGAUAAAAUCGCCUACCUCAUGGGCUUGAACUCAGCCGAUGUCCUGAAGGCACUGUGCUACCCAAGGGUGAAAGUCGGGAAUGAGUUUGUGACUAAAGGCCAGACUGUGCCUCAGGUCAACAACUCCGUCUCGGCUCUCUGCAAGUCUGUCUAUGAGAAGAUGUUCUUGUGGAUGGUCGUCAGAAUCAACGAGAUGCUGGACACCAGGCAGCCGAGACAGUUCUUCAUCGGCGUCCUGGAUAUUGCCGGGUUUGAAAUUUUUGAUUUCAACAGCUUGGAGCAGCUGUGCAUCAACUUCACCAACGAAAAACUGCAACAGUUUUUCAACCACCACAUGUUUGUGCUGGAGCAAGAAGAGUACAAGAAAGAGGGAAUUGAAUGGGAGUUCAUUGACUUUGGUAUGGACUUGGCUGCCUGCAUUGAGCUGAUUGAGAAGCCAAUGGGCAUCUUCUCCAUCCUUGAAGAGGAGUGCAUGUUCCCCAAGGCGUCAGACGUCACCUUCAAGAACAAACUGUACGACCAGCAUCUUGGUAAAACCAAGGCUUUUGAGAAGCCGAAACCUGCCAAAGGCAAAGCUGAAGCUCACUUUUCUCUGGUGCACUACGCCGGCACCGUUGAUUACAACAUCAACGGGUGGCUGGAUAAGAACAAAGACCCCCUGAACGACUCAGUGGUUCAGCUCUACCAGAAGUCUUCAGUUAAACUGUUGGCUCACCUCUAUGCAUCGCAUGCCGGAUCAGAAGCUGAUGCCGGUGGCUCAAAGAAGGGAGGCAAGAAGAAGGGCGGUUCCUUUCAGACUGUGUCUGCAUUGUUCAGGGAGAAUUUGGGCAAGCUGAUGACAAAUUUGAGGAGCACACAUCCUCAUUUUGUGCGUUGCCUGAUUCCCAAUGAAUCAAAGACACCAGGCCUCAUGGAGAACUUCCUGGUCAUCCACCAGCUGAGGUGUAACGGUGUGCUGGAAGGUAUCAGGAUCUGCAGGAAAGGUUUCCCCAGUAGGAUCCUCUAUGGUGACUUCAAGCAGAGAUACAAAGUAUUGAAUGCUAGCGUCAUCCCCGAGGGACAGUUCAUUGACAACAAGAAAGCCUCAGAGAAACUGCUGGGAUCCAUCAACGUGGACCAAACUCAGUACAAGUUUGGCCACACCAAGGUGUUCUUCAAAGCCGGUCUUCUGGGAGUUCUGGAGGAGAUGCGAGAUGAGAAACUGGCUGAACUGGUCACAAUGACUCAAGCUCUCUGCAGAGGUUUCCUCAUGAGGACCGAGUUUGUCAAAAUGAUGGAGAGAAGGGAGGCAGUUUACUCCAUCCAGUACAACAUUCGCUCAUUCAUGAACGUCAAAACCUGGCCAUGGAUGAAGCUGUACUUCAAGAUCAAGCCUCUACUAAAGAGUGCAGAGACGGAGAAAGAAAUGGCCCAAAUGAAAGAAACCUUUGAAAAGACCAAAGAGGAUCUAGCAAAGGCUCUGGCUAAGAAGAAAGAACUGGAGGAGAAGAUGGUUUCUCUCCUGCAGGAGAAAAAUGACUUGUUGAUGCAAGUGCAAUCUGAAGGUGAAAACCUCAGUGAUGCAGAGGAAAGGUGCGAAGGGCUCAUUAAGGCAAAAAUCCAACUUGAGGCCAAACUUAAGGAGACGUCGGAGAGACUGGAGGAUGAGGAGGAAAUGAAUGCUGAGCUGACUGCAAAGAAGAGGAAGCUGGAGGACGAGUGCUCCGAGUUGAAGAAAGACAUCGAUGACUUGGAGCUCACUCUGGCCAAAGUGGAGAAGGAGAAGCACGCCACUGAGAAUAAGGUUAAAAACCUGGUUGAGGAAAUGGCAUCUCAAGAUGAGACCAUUGCCAAGUUGACCAAAGAGAAGAAAGCCCUCCAAGAGGCCCAUCAGCAGACCCUCGAUGACCUGCAGGCAGAGGAAGACAAAGUCAACACUCUGACAAAGGCCAAGACCAAGCUGGAGCAGCAAGUGGACGAUCUUGAAGGUUCUCUGGAGCAAGAAAAGAAACUCCGUAUGGACCUUGAGCGAGCAAAAAGGAAGCUCGAAGGAGAUCUAAAGCUGGCCCAGGAAUCCAUAAUGGACCUGGAGAACGACAAGCAGCAGUCAGAUGAGAAAAUAAAGAAGAAGGACUUUGAGACAAGCCAGCUGCUGAGUAAGAUCGAGGAUGAGCAGACCCUGGGAAUCCAGCUACAGAAAAAGAUUAAGGAGCUGCAGGCUCGUAUUGAGGAGCUGGAAGAGGAGAUCGAGGCUGAACGAGCCGCUCGGGCCAAAGUGGAGAAGCAGAGGUCCGAUCUUUCCAGGGAACUUGAGGAGAUCAGCGAGAGGCUGGAAGAAGCUGGCGGAGCAACAUCCGCUCAGAUCGAGAUGAACAAGAAGCGCGAGGCCGAGUUCCAGAAGCUGCGUCGCGAUCUGGAAGAGUCCACCCUGCAGCACGAGGCCACCGCCGCAGCUCUCCGCAAGAAGCAGGCCGACAGUGUGGCCGAGCUGGGAGAGCAGAUCGACAACCUGCAGAGGGUCAAACAGAAGCUGGAGAAAGAGAAGAGUGAAUACAAGAUGGAGAUCGACGACCUCAGCAGCAAUAUGGAGUCUGUAGCCAAAUCAAAGGGGAACCUUGAGAAGUUGUGCAGGACACUGGAAGAUCAGCUGAGUGAGCUCAAAUCGAAGAACGACGAAAAUGUUCGUCACCUGAAUGACCUGAGUGUACAGAAAGCGAGACUUCAAACUGAAAAUGGUGAAUCUUCGCGUCAGCUGGAAGAGAAAGAAGCUCUUGUCUCUCAGCUGACGAGAGGCAAGCAGGCUUACACUCAACAGAUUGAGGAGCUGAAGAGGCACAUCGAGGAGGAAGUCAAGGCCAAGAACGCCCUGGCUCAUGCUGUUCAGUCGGCUCGCCAUGACUGCGACCUGCUCAGGGAGCAGUAUGAGGAGGAGCAGGAGGCCAAGGCCGAGCUGCAGCGGGCGAUGUCAAAGGCCAACAGCGAGGUGGCUCAGUGGAGAGCCAAAUACGAGACCGAUGCCAUUCAGCGCACCGAGGAGCUGGAGGAGGCCAAGAAAAAGCUCGCCCAGCGUCUCCAGGAUGCAGAGGAAUCCAUCGAGGCUGUGAAUGCAAAAUGUGCCUCUCUGGAAAAGACGAAACAGAGGCUGCAGGGUGAAGUGGAGGACCUGAUGAUUGAUGUGGAGAGAGCUAACGCUCUGGCUGCUAACCUUGACAAGAAGCAAAGGAACUUUGACAAGGUUCUUGCCGAGUGGAAGCAGAAGUAUGAAGAAAGCCAGGCAGAGCUGGAGGGAGCUCAAAAGGAGGCUCGGUCCUUAAGCACUGAGAUGUUCAAGCUGAAAAACUCAUAUGAGGAAUCUCUGGACCACCUGGAGACCUUAAAGAGAGAGAACAAGAACCUGCAACAGGAGAUUUCUGACUUAAGUGAACAACUUGGUGACACUGGAAAAACGAUUCAUGAGCUUGAGAAGGGAAAGAAAACAGUGGAAGGCGAGAAGACGGAGAUCCAGACUGCUCUAGAGGAGGCAGAGGUAAAUAUCAGCAGAACUUUGGAAGAGGCUGAGACUGAUCUUGUGGUCAUAGCAGGACUUGACACAGUACUAUGCUCCCUAUUUGUUACUCAGCCUCUGUUUCUGUAUUUUGAACAAAGGACCUUUUGUGUGCACACUUGUUCGCAGGCUACCCUGGAGCAUGAAGAAUCCAAGAUAAUGCGCAUUCAGCUUGAACUCACCCAAGUCAAGAGUGAAAUUGAUAGGAAACUUGCGGAGAAAGACGAGGAGAUCGAGCAGAUCAAGAGGAACAGCCAGAGAGUGAUUGAGUCCAUGCAGAGCACUUUGGAUUCCGAGGUCAGGAGCAGGAACGAUGCCCUGAGAAUCAAGAAGAAGAUGGAGGGAGACCUCAACGAGAUGGAGAUCCAGCUGAGCCACGCCAACCGCCAGGCCGCCGAAGCCCAGAAACAGCUGAGGAACGUGCAGGGACAGCUUAAGGAUGCCCAACUUCAUCUGGACGAUGCCAUUCGAGGCCAGGAAGACAUGAAGGAGCAGGUCGCCAUGGUGGAGCGCAGGAACAACCUGAUGCUGGCCGAGAUCGAGGAGCUGAGGGCGGCACUGGAGCAGACGGAAAGGAGCCGCAAAGUGGCUGAACAGGAGCUGGUCGACGCCAGCGAGCGCGUGGGACUGCUGCACUCGCAGAAUACCAGCCUCAUCAACACAAAGAAGAAGAUGGAAGCUGACCUUGUCCAGGUCCAGGGUGAAGUGGAGGAUUCUGUCCAGGAGGCAAGAAAUGCUGAAGAAAAGGCCAAGAAGGCAAUCACUGAUGCUGCCAUGAUGGCAGAAGAGCUGAAAAAGGAGCAGGACACCAGCUCCCACUUGGAGAGGAUGAAGAAGAACCUGGAGGUGACAGUAAAGGACCUGCAGCAUCGCCUGGAUGAGGCUGAGAAUCUGGCCAUGAAGGGCGGCAAGAAGCAGCUCCAGAAACUGGAGGCCAGGGUGCGUGAGCUGGAAUCUGAAGUUGAAGCCGAGCAGAGACGAGGAGCCGAUGCUGUCAAAGGUGUUCGCAAAUACGAGAGAAGAGUGAAGGAGCUCACCUACCAGACAGAGGAGGACAAGAAGAAUAUCACCAGACUUCAGGAUCUGGUGGACAAGCUGCAGCUGAAAGUGAAGGCCUACAAGAGGCAGUCGGAGGAAGCUGAGGAGCAGGCCAACACUCACCUGUCCAGGUACAGGAAGGUGCAGCACGAGAUGGAGGAGGCGCAGGAGAGAGCCGACAUCGCUGAGUCUCAGGUCAACAAACUGAGAGCGAAGAGUCGGGAAAUUGGAAAAGCGAAGGACGCUGAGGAAUAAACUGCAAACUACUUGAGAGACACAAAUGAAAAUCAUAUAAUAUGCUUUUUCAUUUAACUGCUCUCACCUAUUGUUGUAGACCUAUAUUGAAUAAAUUACAUUGAAAGUC